AUGUCCCGCCGGACGGACCCAGCCCGAGCAGAUCGCUCGGCUGUGAGAAGACCGCAGGAGAAGAUGCAACACCACCGGCUGCAGUUGUGCGAGCGUGAGCAGCGUCUCAAGGACUUCGAAGCUGAGGAGGAGGACUUUCUGAAGAACAGAAAGGAAUUUGAGGAUCUCAAGCGACAGGACGGACGCACGGUGCACGGUGGCGGGUCAGAUGUCGAGCGGGAGGAGGGCUGCGAAUCCAAGCUUGAGGCCAUCGCGAAGUCUCAGGAACGCCUCAGGAAAAACUCUGAGGAUUUGGAGAUGAAAGCCUUGAAGUUCGAUGAGGAGAAACGGAAACUCGAAGAACACGACAACAUGAUUUGCCGCACCGAGAUUCGGCGCCUGCAGCAGAAGCUGAAUCAAGUGCAGCAGAUCAUCCCAGCAGCUGGGACCGAACUGGAAGAGGGGCCCGACCACACGGGCGCUGAGCCAAUGUUGACAGACCGCCCUCCCAACAUCUCCACGCUGCCUACGUCGCCGCCGCCCCCACCCACUGCGCCGGCCGUGCCACCGCCAGCUGGGUCGCCGGGGCGAGGGCAAAUCCUGGAUGCGUCCUGGGGCGGCGCGCUGUCCGGCGCGCACAGCCCGGGCACGCACGGGCUGGAGACGACUGGAACCUUGGAGAGGUUUGCAGAGACAGCGAAGCACAGCGUUAAGAUCCCCAGAGGAACAAGGCAAGAGUUUCGGGCUUUUUUGGGCGAAGGUCUCAUCUCCCCGCAGUUCGAUGAAUGGAAUCCCGUGAGGUGGUUUCAUCAUGAUGCCCAUGGCCUGCAGAAGGAACUUUACAAGUGUCCUGGCUUUGCAAGAGGCCUUCCCAUCGAGGCACUCGCGGUGGAUAGCGGUGCAGAUUCGAUGUUGGCGACGACGAAGCGACGCAAAGGGCGCUACGAACGUCGACUUGAGACGACCAUGGCCGUCGGGAAGGAGGGCGGUGCUCGUGCGGUGCGCCGCGCGAUGGGGGGUGCUGGGCAGCUGUUCACAGCGCUGAACUGCGCGCCCAGCACCGUAGAGAUGCCUGAACAGCAAGACUUGACGGAUCAGACGAUCAGACAGGUGGUGGAUGCUCAAAAGAAGAGCUCGGAACCUGUGGACAUUGCGCCAUGGACCUGGCCAGGGAUCACUUUGUACACCUUGGCCCACGCCAAAAAGGAUCAUUCGGCUGGCCCCCAGCCCCAGCUGGCGAAGCCACGGAUUCAGGAAAGCUUGAAGUGGCUGAAUGGCACCGACCUUCUGAACGUGGGCUACUCGGUCAACUGGGUCCACAUUCUUGAUGUGCAUGCCGCCAUCGAGCCCGGCCGCCCAGCUCGCGACCCGCGACCCAGCUCGCGGCACCCGCGCGACGCGCCAAGCCGCGCGCAACGGCGCUCGAACAGCACCGCGCGCGCCCCUGGGCGAGCCCCCGGCGGGCGACCGCCGGCGGCGAGCCCCGCCGCGAGGACGGAGUACCACAAGUUGACCUACUUGGUUCCUAGCAUGGAGUCCUCCGUCACGGUGGUCGAGUCGGAGAGCCCAGAGAUGCGAGGACGGAGAAGGGAGAAGGAACAGAUCAGAUCCGGAAGCGGAGGGGGGCAUCGGUGGGGGAAGAUCUACCGUAGAUUCGUAGAUGGGGGUGUGGAGAAGACAGGGGACCGCUGUGCCAUGCGGUGCCUCGUGCUCUUGGGCCUUGCGGCCGCGCAGUCCGCGACGCUGGACCAAGCAACGGAGCCCGAUCCUUCUCCUCGGCUUCUCCCCUCAGCUGCUUCCUACCGCUUAGCAGUUCUCGCCGGUCGCUGUGACGAGGAGGCCGGAAGCCAGCAACUGGUGCAGGCCAUUUAUGGCACUGAGCAUGUGUAUGUGAUUUGCGCUCACCCCAGCCAACGGUCUCUGCUGGAUGAUUGGAUCCGCCGGCAGCGUUACCCCAACGUCUUCAUCAUGACAGACUUCCAGCGAGAGGGGAAGCAGUACGAGGACUUGCGUUUGGAGACGGUGAAGCUGCUGCUGGAACACAGUUGGCGGCAGCUCAUCGACUUGGACAGCGGAAAGGCCAUCAAGGCUCUCGACCAGCUGCAAAUGCCGUUGAUCGCCAGGUGGUUUGCUGCUCUGAAUGGCAGCAGCUUCACGGAUUCGAAGUCCCAAACGAUGGCACUGAGCCGAAGACAUGUAGAAGAGGCCAUUGCGCGCUGGGAGAGAAAGGAGAUGCAGAAGCUUUGGAAGUCCAAAGCCUCAUGGCUAGGCUUUUGGCGAGAGUUCUUGUCACAAGAGCUUUGCAGCCUACAAGUUCAGGCGGUUCUUCCAUCCAUCCUGGAACAGAGCAAAGCAAAGAAACGGUCUCCAGCCACCUGGGCACUCCUGUCUCCCUCGGCUGCCUUCGAUGCGGGCGUGAAGUUCCAGGUUCUGAGCGCGGACUGGAUGAAAACCUAUGAGACCUUGAGCUUCUGGCUGCUCCACUCCCUGUUGGUCGAAGGCCAUCAACACCGGCUCACUGAACUACAAAGACUCCAACGUCGCAGCCGGCGCCCUCGCUGGGCACUCCGGUUGGAGCAGUUCAUGGCGCAGGUGACCUUCAGUCCAGAGAAUGGCACCUGUGCGAUCCGAGGCGCUGUGCAAGGUCUUCAGUUGACGGACUGCAUCAUUGAAUCGGAGUUCUUCUUUAUCGAGCGGCUCUUUAUCAUCGACCCCUUUCCCAUCAGGACGAGGCAAAGUGGGCGCCCAGCAAGCUUUCCCUUUAUAUUCCGGAUCGGCAGCGGCUGGGAUGGUGACCGCUUUGCUUUCACUGGCUUUCCUUCUUUGGUGCCCAGCUCAGCGACGGAUGAUUUGUGGAUGGUCCUUUUGCCAUUGAUUCAAGCAGAGUCGCAGGCCUGUCAUUGGUGGACUGGACUUCUUGAAACCCGAUGGGAAGAUGAGGAUGGCAUUGUCCAUUUCAGAGGUGGAGGAGAGCUGAAAGAAGCGGUCCCAAUCUGGGAGCGCUACUUGGGAAGUCAGCUAACUGCUGGCACAUACACUGUGAAAGUCUUGGUGCAGGGUGUGCUAUUGGCCAUGCGCCACUUCGAAGUUCUGCCUGAUGACAUUGGCUCGAUGUCUCCCGCCCAGCGUCUCACACGCUUUCCCCAGUACUUCGAGCUGGCUGAAACGGGGAGCAGUGAGAAGCCCUUUGAAAUCAAGGCUGAAUCUUCCAAUGUCGAGGAGAGGCCGCCCGUCCCAAGGUUGGCGAAGAAGGGCAGUUCGCAUGUCCCAAAGUUUGAUGACCGACAGUGGUUGCAGAAGGACGUGGAGGACGCGUGGGGGUCCGCGCGGCGGAGCCGGUCCUCCAAGAGGACGGCAAAAGGAGAGGAAGGGCGGUGGGCCAAAGAGAUUGAAUGGAUUCGAGCUGAUGUGGCACGUGGAAGAGCAGCAUGGGAGCGACUGGCUCCUCUCAAGGCAAAGAAGAUUGAAGGCAAGGGGUUGAAAACAGAGGGCCCAGUCAAGGCCAGGAGAGCUGAAGUCAAGGCGCGGAAGAAGGCAGACACCUUUGCAGAGACAGAGAAGACACUGGAAGAAGUUGAGGGCGACGUGGCCCCAAGGGCCAGGACUGUCGCCCACUCGAGGAGGGCAGAGCCGAGGGCAGAGCCUGCCCGACGGAGCCUGCCCAGCGAAUCGGCCAAGGUGCUUGUGGAGCCGCGCGGGCCCCCGUGGCCUCCCAACGAGAUGCAGCAGAGGGAGAGAGAAUGGAUGGCCAAGGAGGCACGUCGACUACGCGCCAUGUUGCGAGCGCGGGCGCAUGAACCUCCAGCCCAAAGCACCAAGGCGUUUCCUCAGCCAGAACACGCGCCCUUCGACGACGAUGCGUGGAUCCAACACGAUGUGCAGCAGCACGAGCCUUUGAGGAGGGCGCGCUGCGAAAGAUUGCAAGCGUUGCCCCACACCCUUCUGAAGAAAGAGGUGCAUGGGAAGUUCCUGGUCUCUGCCUGCCAGCAGCUCUACAACAUCUCAUUGAUCCAGUCGCCCAAAGGUGAGCCCAAAGUGGAAGGCUCAGGCGUUGCAAAGCCACAAGUCGGAGUGGAAUCCAAUGAGAUGAGGACCUUUGCUCAAACUUUGGCAGAAGUGAAGCGGCAGCUGAAUGGGUCUAUCCCGGACAAAGUUGUAGAGCAAGAACCUGGUGCAGAAAGAGCAAGAAAGGCUUUUCUUUUAAUUUGA